AUGGAAAUCGCCUCAUCAAUACCCCUAGAGAGAAGUAAAAUAUCGUCUCCGGCGACUUCCCCUUCCGCCGGCGGCGGAUUUCCGCCGCCCCACCCGAUCCCCACCCCGCCGCCGACCCCGAGUCCCGCCGCCUCCAGAUCUCACGAGUCCUCCAUCCCCCACCCUACCACCUUCGUCCAGGCGACCGCCUCCAACUUCAAGCAGGUGGUGCAGAUGCUCACCGGAUCCUCCGGCACCGCCGUCGUUUCUGCUGGCGGCGGCGGCGGCGGAGGCGGAAUACCUCCGAUCAAGAGCACCAGCCAGAAGAAGCAGGGGUUCAAGCUGUACGAGCGGCGGAACAGCCUCAAAAGCGGCCUCAUGAUCAAUACCCUGCUUCCGGCGCGGUUUUCUGGCCGGAAGACCGAGAUCCUGUCCCCGAGCUUGCUCGAUUUCCCGUCCCUGGCCCUCCUCAGCCCGCCGACGCCGCUGAACGGAGACAGCCUGGGCAGAUCGGCCGCGGCGCCGUCUCCGACGUCGGAGGAGGAGAGGGCGAUCGCGGAGAAGAAAUUUUACUUCCAUCCAUCGCCGAGGACGAAGUCCGGCGAGCCGCAGCUGCUUCCCCUUUUUCCGGUGACCUCACCGCGAGUUUCCGGGUCGGAAAAUUGA